AUGACUCUUCCUCAGAGCAUCAAACCUUUCCUUCUCAUUCUUCUUUUUGUUUUCAAUACAUACGCUGCCCCGGGGGCCGACAUACCUCGCUUUGAACGUCGCGAUGAUGCCGAAACCACAUCCCUAGGCGAGAAUACUACAGCCCUCGAGCCUGUAGUACCUCCUGAAGUCGACCCCAAAGACCUUUCCAUCUUUGAGCUCGACACUCAGGUCACAUUAGCAUGGGCUGGUUCACCUGGUUCAGAACCAGGUACCAAGCGAAUGCGGAAGCGUGAAGAUAGUAUCUUCUCCCAGGCCAACUUCACCUUCCAAUACCCUGUUGUUCCUCUUGAUCAUUCGAAAUUUGUCUCUACUGUCACUUGUUCGAAGGGUACUCUCACUGGAGUCAUCUCCAACACUGCUGCCUACAACUAUGCCAAGAGCCAAUGGAAGGGUAUCAAGAAGAUUAUCUUCAUCACCUCAGCUGACGGCUGUGGUGAGGAUCAUGCCAACGACUUGUUCCUUGCUAAGUCCAUCACCUUUUCUGAUGAUACAAAGACCUUUGUAGCUAAGGGCGCUACAACGGAGUACAAAGAAGUUUUCGAGCACUUUACUCUCACAUGGGGUCCACUUGGGACACUUAAUGUCAGACGUGCCUUGGACAAAAGAGCUAUGUUUGAGCCACAUGCCCUCGACAAGCGCGUGUCUGGUUCUAAUACCUGGUCUAUUAAUUGGAACCGCGCCCUCACUGACAGUGACAUGAUCGGCCUGGACGAAGACGCUCCAUGGGAAAACGCUGCAAAGCUUGUCGACUGGGGAACCGAAGAUGGUGAAGAGGAUGACUCUUACGCUAAAGGCGAGGUUGCCGACCCGAACGGCCAUCAUAAGCGCGCGGCCAACUCUUCUCUUGUCGAACGUGACCUGAGUUACGGUGUUGCUCUAUACUGUGUCGAAUGUGGGUUUAGUGGUUCAGCGUCAAUCACGGGAACAAUCGCAGUUGGUUUUGACGGUAUGGAGGUCGCCCAGGUUCAGUUCAAUGCCCAGUUCAAGGCCGGUUUGAACUUAGGCCUCAAGGCCUUUGUUAAAUAUGAAAAUGAAUGGUCCUACGAGUUUCCCGACUUCAGCUUUUGGAAAUUCGGUAUUACCGGGGUCGCCUCUGUCGACCCGUAUAUCGGUGUCGAAGUUGCAGCUGGGUUCUCAAUCGAGGCAACCGGUACCUUACUCAUCGGGGCUUCGCUCGAGUGGGAGAACAUCGACGUCUUGGUGGACUUGCUCCAUCACUCAAACAGCCACAGCAACGGUCUCACGCCCGUCUUCAAGCCAAGGUCCGAAGCCACCGGUGAGCUCAAACUGGAAGCCAGGCUUGGCCUGCCAGUCAGCGUCGGGGUAAGCCUCAGCGUAUUAGGCGGGUUCUGGAAACGGAGAGGGGGUAUAAUGGAUACCCCUGCCGUUGUACUCGAAGGCAAUUUCAAGGCCAGUGCCGAGCUUGAUGACGACGGAGACGUUGCCGGCGGUAUUGAAGGCGACUGUUAUGGGAUCGACUGGAACAUUCACUUUGAAAACUCCCUCGACGCCUUCAUCAGAAUUGGAGACGAUCCGCCAGAUAAGACACCUUUGAUAGAGGUCAUGAAAUCCGACCCUAUUGCGGAAGGCUGUAUAGGCUACGUCAAUGAUGGGACUGGUGGAGGAAGCUCCGGUAGCGACGAUGUCGGUAUGAAUGGCAAUGGCAUCGGUGGCAGUGGAAGCGGACUGUUCUCGAGCCGUCCAGGAUCAAAGCCAGUGCCCGCAAUUGACCCAACAUCUACCAAAAAGACCAAGCCAAAGAGCAACACCAAGUCUACCAAGCAGAAGGGCACGACUCAAAGCAACAAGUCCAAGAGCAGUGGAAAGAAGACCAGCACUUCGAAAAAGACUGGCAAGACAAACAGCAAGCCCACCACGAACAAGAAACCACCAACGUCAAAGAACAAGCAGAUCAAGGCAACCACCACAGCCAACAACAAAGCGACAGCUGUUGCGAAGAAAGUAUCGCCUGCCUGUACACCUUCUGCCAUCACAAACUCCAAGCCUCCUCCACGUACUACUUGUAACAAGAGUGUGACACCCGCAAGGGUCCCGAAAACGUCUGUAAUUAGCACAACGGCGUCGGUCAAGAGUGCAGGUGCAUGCGCGGAAACUUGUCUCAAGAACACACAAUGCAUGAGUUUUGGUUACAACAAGGACAAAUCUUGUCUACUCUAUAGCAAAGUGCUGAAGAGUCUUGUAAUUCUGCCUGGAAAAGGAGAGGAGGAACUGCUAUAUGUAUAG